UAGCUGUGACUAGUGACAUGGGAGCUGCAAACCGAGCACUGUGGAGAAGCUUUGGCCUCAUGACUGGAAGACACUGCAAUACUGUUAGCAAAGUAGUACAUCCUCAAAGUCCAACCAAAUGGUUAUAUUUUCUCGCUGAUGUUCCUCACCUAAUAAAGAAUCUUAAGGCAGCUUUGGUUAGUGGCAAAGUCAUCACUCUACCUGAUGAUGUUGUUAAAGCAAACAACUUGAACUGUAGUAUUGUGCCCAUUACACCUGUAAAAGAUCUAGUAGAGUUUGAGAACCAUCAUGAUUUAAAAUUAGCACCAAAGCUAACUAACGCCACUAUUUCUCCAUCACAUUUUGAGAAAAUGAAAGUAUCACAUGCACUGCAUCUGUUUAGUAAGUCGGUGAGCUCUGGACUUCAAUACCUUGUGAAAGAAGAAGGCCGAGGAAAUGAAUAUCUUUCUACUGCUUGGUUUCUGGAUGUGUUUAACCGGUGGUUUGAUUUCAUGACAAGCAGGUACCCUGCAGUUGCACUAAGCAGAUUGAAUUGUGAUAAAUAUGAAGAAGCUCUAAUAUUUCUUACGUCUAUUAUCAACUUAGUACAGAGCAUGAAAAUUGGAGAUAAAAAUGACUGGAAACCCGUGCAAGCAGGGAUUAUAAUGUCUACAAACAGUGUUCUUGGUAUCCAAGAGGAGUUGCUUUCAAUGGGAUACAAGUUCCUUUUGACAAGUCGUCUUACUCAAGAUUGCCUUGAAAAUCUUUUUAGUUUAGUCAGGCUAAAAAAUCCUAUUCCUUCACCACUGGCAUUUAAAUACGCAUUAAAAGUCAUUUGCAUUGCACAGUUCCUGAAACAACCUCAUGCAUAUCAAGGAAACUACCAAGAAGAUGAUAGAGACAUAGCAAUUGACUUUCUUGACCAGCCAUUGAAGCUACCAAGUACUGAACUGGAUCUGAAAGAUUUUGAAGUGGAAAUAUCAGAAGCAAAUUGCAUAGAUGACAUUCAGAAGGCUGAGUUGAACAGCUUAUAUAACCUUGUAGGAUACUGUCUACACAGCAUAAAGAAAAAUGAGGAAAUCUGUACAGGUUGUUUUGUGGAAGUGACCAGCUGUGAUCUAAGUGAUCAAGACUCAGCAACGUUCACUAUUCUAAAAGAGUAUAAGCAAGGCUGCCUUACUCAGGUAUCAGAGAAAGCAUUCUCUAUGAUGCUCAAAAAUAUUGCUGGACAAGGCUGA